CUCAGAGCUAAGGCCUUACCUUAAGUAACCAAGCUGCGGACCACUUUCUGAUCUUACAUAUCCCCUGCAAACUUUCUCAUACAUUCAUUUGGCUUGUUGUUGUUGUUCUACAAAGUCCUUGAAAUCUUCAGUAUGGCUAGUGUUGCUCAGGAAGUUGCCGGCGGCUACGAAGACGCGCGAUGGAAAUAUCUCGACCAAAUCCGCCGUAACGCAGGACCUUAUACCGAUCCCGAUGCUACUGCGCCGGAGUUUCUGGCGCAGUUUGAAACGUUCAAAGUUCUGUGAGUAUUGAUGUACACAUGUAGCACCCUAUCAAAGCCAUGCUAAUUUGUGUAGUGUCAUGUCAGUCGUCUCUCUUGAGAGACUCAAAUGUCCGGCUCACUAACUUCCGUGAUACAGCGGCGCAGGAGGCCUAGGAUGUGAAAUUCUAAAGAAUCUUGCCAUGUCCAGAUUCAGGAACAUUCACGUAAUAGACAUGGAUACCAUCGAUAUUUCCAACCUCAACCGCCAGUUCUUGUUCCGAAAAGAUGAUGUUGGCAAAUACAAAGCAGAGGUUGCCGCUGCUUUCGUCCAAAAGAGAGUCAAGGGCGUCUCCAUCACAGCCCACAACAACCGUAUCCAGGACUUCGACGAGGAGUUUUACAAGCAGUUCCAGCUUGUAAUCUGCGGCCUAGACAGCAUCGAGGCCCGCCGUUGGAUCAACGCCAUGCUUGUUUCUAUUGCCGAAGAUGCUGAAGACCCCGAUGCGAUAAAGCCCCUCAUUGAUGGUGGCACUGAAGGCUUCAAGGGACAGGCGCGAGUCAUCCUCCCAUCCAUGACAUCCUGUAUUGAGUGCCAGCUGGAUAUGCACGCCCCGCGCGCCGCUGUUCCUCUGUGCACUAUUGCCUCUAUCCCACGACAACCCGAGCACUGCAUUGAAUGGGCCCACGUUAUUGCUUGGGAGCAAGAGAAGCCAUUCCCGAAGCUUGACAAGGACGACCCAGAGCACGUAACCUGGCUGUUCCAAAAAGCACUUACUCGUGCGGAAGAGUUUGGCAUCCCUGGUGUCACCUAUUCGUUAACGCAAGGAACCAUCAAGAACAUCAUUCCGGCGAUUGCAUCUACCAAUGCUAUCAUCGCCGCUGCAUGCUGUAACGAAGCUUUUAAAAUCGCGACAACCUCCGCCCCUUGUCUUGGAUUCGACACAAACUAUAUGAUGUACUCUGGCAAUGAUAGCAUCUAUACAUACACCUUCAAGCAUGAGAAGAAAGACGACUGCCCUGUCUGUGGACGCCAGGCUCGCCCUCUUGAAGUCAACCCCAACUCCUCACUGCAGGAGUUGAUCGAUUCAUUCGCGAUUCGCCCCGAGGCGCAAUUAAAGAAGCCAUCGAUCCGUGCUGAAGGAAAGACUCUAUACAUGCAAUUUCCUCCAGGCUUGGAGGAGCAGACACGCCCCAACCUGAGUAAGUCCCUCACAGAGCUUGGACUCGAAGACGGACAGCAGGUUGUUGUCACUGAUCCAGCGUUUCCCCUUGAAUUCAACUUUUACUUCAAGUUUAAGACAAGUUCGUGAUUCUCGACCAAGUGGUCAGCAAAGGGCGUUCAGGCUUUUGGGCAUCUUUAGGCGUUGAAUUAAUGAAUGAGAGGUACAUGAUGACGACUCAAAAAGUACUAGAUGAGUAUCCUUUUAGGGAGCAGAGAGGAAACGGGUGACAAAUAUUAUGAUGUGGUCAUGGUAUCAUUCCUUUUUAUCUAACCGUAGAGACCGCAGAAAACAAAUCAACCCAAAAAUUAUGAUACUGCGCCAAACAAGACCCAAAAUCUCUUUAUGAUGUAGUAGGCUACCUCGCCAUGUUGAUAACUUGCUGCUCAAGCUUCUUGCACUUAAGCUUGAGGUGCUUAACUGACU